CAUUCUAAACUACUUUCUAUGAUUGUUACACUGUUACACAUUUCAGUUAUAAAUUGUGAUGCUGUAAAUUUUGACUGAAAAUCUAUUUAUUGAACAUCAAAGGAGAUGGAAAAUAUUUAAAGCAUCAUUCUGUGACACCACAUUAUGAGAUGCUAGUAUGGAUGCUUAUGAAUAUGAGAAGAUACAGAGCUUCAAGAGGCUUGGCUACACCGUGGAGUGUAUUACAGCUUACGAUGAUACCUUACUAGUAGCUAUACAUGGUGACCAACUUCUACGAUAUAAGGUUGACUUUAUAUAUGACACAGUCAAAAACAAGCAGAAAGUGAGGCUGAGAGGCCCUGAUACUUUCAAGGUGUUUGGAAAACCUGUGUCAGAGAUUCACCCUGUACCCGAGUUUUCUCUGUUGCUUGCUGUGUAUGACAAUAUGCUGAAUGUGUAUGAUCUAGAGACCUAUGAAUUUAAGAAGUCUCUACCAAACACCAAGGGAAUGAAUGUGAUAGCUAUAUCAGUACAGAAUGAAGUUGACUCACAUGGAAUAUAUGGAACAAAUUUGAAAGUUUGUGUGGCAGUAGGCAAGAGACUACUGAUAUUGGAGUGGACUGGUGACUCAUUUAUAGAAAUAAUUACAGAUUGUGUGAUGGACAAGUACGUAAAGAGCAUGUUAUGGUGUAAAUCUUGCCUCUACAUUGGAUACAAAGAUGAAUACUUAUUACUGAAGCCUGAGACAGGGGACUAUAAGGAAGUGUUUUCAUUUGGAAAUAGCCUCAGGGAGCCACUGAUGACCAAGAUAGAUUCUGAUUGUAUUCUGCUAGGGUAUGAUAACACAUCUGUAGUUGUCAACUCACGAGCAAAACCUGUCAAAGAUGAAUGUAUUACAUGGACUGGAAUCCCGCAACUAGUCGAGUAUGAUGCUCCGUAUGUGCUAGCUGUGUUAUCACGGUACCUGGAAGUGAGGACAUUAGACCCUAGCAUCUCUAUACAGCAGAUUGAGAUGAAGCAUGUGAACUGUGUAUGCAAAGGAAGGAAUGUUAUAUUUGUGCAGUGUAAGGAUGGUAUCUACAUGUUGACAUUGAGACCCAGUAAAGACAGGAUUAAAAGUCUGGUGAAGAAUAAGCAUUUUCAAAUUGCCAAACAAAUCAAGAUGCAGGAAACAGAUAUUACAAUGGAGGAAAAAUUAGAACAGAUCAACAAAAUCCAGGCCAAAUAUGCUGUACAUCUGUUUUGCAAAUGCAAAUUUAAAGAGGCUUUUGAUAUAUUUACACAGUUGGAGACAGAUCCCUCCCAUGUGAUCGGCAUGUACCCAGAACUGCUGCCAAGUAAAUUAAGCAACAGUUUAGUAUAUCCUGAGAAAAUACCAAACCUACAUGGUAGGGAUCUGGAGAAAGCAUUGUCAGAACUUGUCCAAUAUCUACAGAAGAAGAGGGAUGAGAUAGUAAAAGAGACAGAUCUGAAACCUCUUCAGCCAAUCAUGAAACACAAGAGAAAUGACACACUGAAAAACAAGGACCAGGCUCUCACAGUCAUUGAUACCACAUUGCUCAAAUGUUAUCUACAGAUUAAUGAAGCCAUGAUAGCCCAGUUAUUACGGUUGCCAGGCAACAAUGUUCACUUUGAGGAAGCUGAGAAAGUUCUCAAAGCCACAAGGAACUACUCAGAGUUGAUUAUUCUCUAUGAGCAGCAACACAUGCAUGAACAAGCUCUGAUGGUGAUGAAAUCGCAGGCAUCUGCCAGCAGAUCCCCACUCAGUGGAAUACAGCCUACCAUACAUAAACUGCAGGAACUAGGAGGUGAUCAUCUGAGACUGAUAUUUGAAUAUGCGACGUGGGUGAUGGAAACUGAUGCACAUGAAGGCCUGAAGAUAUUUACCGAAGAUAUGUCAACAGUUCGUCAACUUCCAAGAGGUCAUGUGGCAAGUUUCGUCAAGAAUUUUGGUACUGAAGUGACCAUAGAAUACCUGGAACAUAUUAUUUACCAGUGGGGAGAUACAACAGAAGAACUCCAUUUAGCCCUGGUAGACGAACUUAGAAAUAAGAUUUCUGAGCAGCUUAAGACAUCUGAUAUGUUUAAUGUAAAAGAUGUGAAGCAAGUACAAGUAGGAGAAGAGGAAGGGCUGUUAGGUGUGUACAGGAAGAAAUUCAUGAAAUUCAUUAAAACAUCCACUGUUUAUCACCCAGAGGAGGUUUUAGGAAGGCUUCCAUUGGACAGUUUCUUUGAAGAGCGAGCCAUAUUGCUGGGUAAGAUGGGUAAACAUGAGAAGGCUUUAGGUAUAUAUGUGUACAUUCUGGAAGAUCUCCAUGAAGCUGAGGAGUACUGUGAAGAGUAUUGCAACAGAGGCUUUCCUGAGGUAUACCUGAAUUUACUACACAUAUACCUUCAACCUCCCGGACCUCUGGCACUUGGACUGAAAGACUACAAAAACCAACCAAAACCCAGAAUGCACAGAGCCCUUAGUAUGCUGGAAACACAUGCCACAAAAAUAGACAUGUAUAAGGCACUGGAAGCGUUGCCUGAAGAGAUCUUUAUAAAGCAGUCGAAGGCAGUGUUAGAGGCUGCAAUAGAUACCUGUAUGUCUCGUAAGUAUCUAGGGCAAAUACGAAAGAAACUACAGUAUCAGGAAUAUCUACAGACAGCAGAAGAGAGCAUGAGUGGUUGCAGACAGUAUGUCAAGGUGGAUGAGAGUACCAGUUGUAAAAUAUGUAAACGAAAGAUAGGGGAUAAAAGCGUAUUUGUGUGCAACACAUCUAGAGAGCUGAUGCAUUAUGGAUGUUACAAUAAUACCCAGUAGAUCAGUGUAUUUGCUAGGAGUAUUCACUGAAAAUUUACAGAAUGAUCUUGGUCGAAAAGGCAAAUUCACUUGCCCCAGCAAGCUGAAGGUUAAAAGACGACAGGCAAAGACAGAUGUGUUAGAGAAUCAGUGGCAUGAAUAUUUCAGUUUGAAUCUGGGGCUUACAACGGUAUAAGGAAAAAUUUCAAAUUGCUUAAUACUAGUAUUAUUUUUUAAAGACAUGACACCAAAUCAAUCAGAGACUUUCAAACCUCACUUUUGACCAUCAUGAAUAUUUUAACACCUUAAUGUUUAACUGACAUCAAAAUACUAAUGACCUUUUCAAUUUUUGUACCCCCCGACAACAAAGUUGUAAGGGGGGGUAUACUGGUUUCAGGUUGUCUGUCUGUCUGUCUGUCUGUCCGUCUGUCUGUCUGUCCGUCUGGUCGUCUGUCCGUAGACGCAAUCUUGUGCGCACCAUCUCUCCUUAUCCCCUUGACAGAAUUUAAUGAAACUUCACACAAGUGAUCAGUACCAACAGUAGUUGUGCAUGGGGCAUGUUAGGUUCUUUUAGAAAAAAAAUUUGCAGAGUUAUGGGACUUUGUUUUUUUGUUACUAUACUAUAUACAUAGACACAAUCUUGUGCACACCAUCUCUCCUCAUUCCCUGGACACAAUUUAAUGAAACUUCACACAAGUGAUCAGUACCAACAGUAGUUGUGCAUGGGGCAUGUUAGGUUCUUUUAGAAAAAAAAUUUGCAGAGUUAUGGGACUUUGUUUUUUUGUUACUAUAAUAUAUACAUAGACACAAUCUUGUGCGCACCAUCUCUCCUCAUCCCCUUGACACAAUUUAAUGAAACUUCACACAAGUGAUCAGUAACAACAGUAGUUGUGCAUGGGGCAUGUUAGGUUCUUUUAGAAAAAAAAUUUGCAGAGUUAUGGGACUUUGUUUUUUUGUUACUAUACUAUAGACAUAGACACAAUCUUGUGCGCACCAUCUCUCCUCAUCCCCUUGACACAAUUUAAUGAAACUUCACACAACUGAUCAGUAACAACAGUAGUUGUGCAUGGGGCAUGUUAGGUUCUUUCAGCGACAAAAAUUGCAGAGUUAUGGGACUUUGUUUCUUGUUAACAUACUAUGUACAUACAGUCUUCAUAUGCAAUCUUGUGCGUGCCUAAUCUACCAAACCCUUGCACACAAUUUAAUGAAACUUCACACAAGUGAUCAGUACCAACCCUAGUUGUGCAUGGGGCAUGUUACAUUCUUUUAGAUAAAUAUUCUGCAUAGUUAUGGGACUUUGUUUUUUGUUACUAUACUGUAUACAUACAGUCUAUAUACAUACAGUCCACAUAAUUAUGCAGUCGUGUGUGUGUCAAAUUGCAGUGUACUGUGUCAGUGCAUGCGGGGGGUACAUUCAUCACCUUUAGUGAUAGCUCUAGUUUAUACAGAUUUAGAAGUCUGACAGUAAGCCGCGCCAUGAGAAAACCAAAGUUACGAGUGGCUUUGCGACCAGCAUGGAUCCAGGUCAGCCUGCACGUCUGCAAAGUCUGGUCAGGAUCUAUGCUGUUCACUAACAGUUUCUCUAAUUGCAAUAGGCUUUGAAAGGGAACAGCAUGGAUCCUGACCAGACUGCGCGAAUGCAUGCUGGUCACCAAGCCACUAUGUUGGUUGUCUCAUGGCGCGGCUCAAUUCUCCUUUUAGGUUAAAUAUGUUGAAUUGUGGAUGGUAUCAGAUUCUUUACAUUAAUAAAAAUAAAGCAGGUGUGAAAAUGUAGGUAAAAACUGAAGAGGUUUGUUGUAUGCAUAAUGGUAUCUUAUUUACGAAAAUGUAUACUGUUGUCAUAUGUAGGAAACCCAUCAUAUACUAAUUGUUUGGCACAUUAUUCAGUGUUUUAUAACAUGACAUCAGAAAAUAAUUGUCACAAUUCUAUGUUAAAACUUCUUAGCUCACCUGAAUACAAAGUGCUCCAGGUGAGCUACUAGGACAGCCAUCAUCAUCAUUCUGUCAUCAAAAAUUUGACUGAUAAAGACUCAUAAGCCCUUUUUUUACAAUGUGGCUGUCACAUUUUUCAUUAUUAACAGAAAAUAUGUUAAUUUCUUGUAGAUAUUUAUUUUGAAAAAUAUUUGAAAUAAUAAUUUAUUUUUGUAACAAUGAGCCUAAAUAAGAAGUACUCUUAAUAUAUUGAUACCCGUAUUUUUUAUGGUUUCUUCCUCUUGUAUAUAGGCUAGUAUAAUAAGGAAAAAAAUGUCCAUUGAAAAAAAUGGUAAAUUUUGUGCAUUUUAUAUGAUAUCUGAGAAAUUUCAUCAGAACUAUUUUUUCGUCUGAUUUUUGUAUUUAUAUAAUUGUUUGUAUUAAUUAUCUAAUGUUUUAAGUACUGAAGACAAAACGUUUGAAAAUUAACUCAAUUUGUCAUGAAAUUUCAUUCAAAGUUUGCUUCAGUUCUUGAUUUUUAUAUUUGAACACCUAUUUCAAGUUGGUCAUACCCUUAUAAUGUCAACAGGCAUAGUGGCACACCCUAAUGACUGCUGACAUUGAUAGAGUAUAUACUGAAGUCCGAGGUAUAUGUAAAAGUAAACUAGAAUGUGUCUGUAGGACACAGGGUGUGCCCCCACUGGUAUAUUUGUCACAACUAAGGGGCAAUAAUUCAAAUGUCUGCAGUUUUAAGGGGGUAUAGCCUCAACAAACAUUUUAAGAAAAGGAUACAUUAUUCUAGGCCAUAUACAUUUUGAGCUAUGAGCAUCACAAACAAAAAAUCCACUAUUUUGGCUAUUUCAAGGGCCAUAACUCUGUAAUAAGCGCUAAGAUUUCCAAACAAAUUGCCAAGUGUCACAUCAAGACUCGAGCAAGGAUUCAUGAAUUUACAUCAAAUACUUUUUGAGCUAGGCACAUUGUAAGUUGAAAAUGUGCAUUUUUGACUUUUUCAGAGGCCAUAACUUUAACAAGAGAUCACAGAGUGAUCUUGGCACCCACCAAUGUGCCAUUUUUGAGUGUUCCAAAUUUCAAGACUUAUGGUCCAUGCAUGUAGUCCGAAUUUGAAAGCUGCAGCUUGAGAAAUGUGAAAGUAGGUCACUAGAUCAAUUUCAAGGACAAAGUUCUUUGUACACAAAACUAUGCAUGUGCAUCAAACUUGAAGGCUGUAGUUUGAGAAAUUUGAAAGUAGGUCACUAGGUCAAUCUUAAGGUCAAAGUUUAUUUUGGUACACAGAACUAUGCAAGUGGUCCGAAAUGUGAAAGUAGGUCACCAGGUCAAAUUUCAUUUCAGAACACAAAUCUAUGCAUGUGGUCCAAUUUAAAGCCUGUACCUUCAAAAAUGUGAAAGUAGGUCACUAGGUCAAUGUCAAGGUCAAAGUUUGUUUCGGUACACAAUCCUAUGCAUGUGGUCUAAAUUUGAAGCCUGUAGCUACAGAAAUGUGAAAGUAGGUCACCAGGUCAAUCUUAAGGUCAAAGUUCAUUUCGGUACACAAAACUAUGCAAGUGGUCUAAAUUUGAAGGCUGUAGCUUGAUAAAUUUGAAAGUAGGUCACUAGGUCAAAAUCAAGGUCAAAUUUUAUUUCAGAACACAGAACUAUGCAUGUGGUCCAAAUUUGAAGCUUGUACCUUCAAAAAUGUGAAAGUAGGUCACUAGGUCAAUGUCAAGGUCAAAGUUUGUUUUGGUACACAAAACUAUGCAUGUGGUCCAGAUUUGAAGGCUGUGGCUUGAGAAAUGUGAAAGUAGGUCACUAGGUCAAAAUCAAGGUCAAAUUUCAUUUCGGAACACGAAACUAUACAUGUGAAAAUAGGUCACUAGGUCAGUGUCAAGGUCAAAGUUUUUUUCAGUGCACAAAACUAUGCAUGUGGUCCAAAUUUGAAGGCUGUAGCUACAGAAAUGUGAAAGUAGGUCACUAGGUCAAAAUCAAGGUCAACUCGUGUCAAGGUUCAUCUUGCCACUCAAAACCAUACAUGUGGUCCAAAUUUGAAUGUUGUAGGUUAUUGACAAGAAUAUUUUAAAAGUUUUUCCCUAUAUAAGUCUAUGUAAACCAUGUGACCCCCAGGGCGGGGCCAUAUUUGACCCUAGGGUGAUAAUUUGAACAAUCUUAGUAGAAGACCACUAGUUGAUGUCACAUACAAAAUAUCAAAGCCCUAGGCCCUGUGGUUUUAGACAAGAGGUUUUUCAAAGUUUUUCCCUGUGUAAGUCUAUAUAAACCAUGUGACCCCCGGGGCGGGGCCAUAUUAGACCCCAGGGAAAUCAUUUGAAUCAUCUUGGUAGAGGACCACUAGAUAAUGCUUCAUACCAAAUAUCAAAGCCCUAGGCUCUGUGGUUUUGGACAAGAAGAUUUUCAAAGUUUUUCCCUAUAUAAUUAUAUGUAAAUUAUAGAAAUAAACAAAGGGCCAUAACUCACUAAAAAAUUGUUUAACCAGUCUGAUUUUCAGGGGGACACAACUAGGGUACCAAUACAUCAUUCUGAUAAAGUUUGGUCAAAAUCCCCCCCAGUAGUUUCUGAGGAGAUGCGAUAACGAGAAAUUGUUAACUGACGGACGGAUGGACCACGGACACAGAGUGAUUUGAAAAGGGGGUGGAGGCAGCCAAAAAAUAAAAGAUACAUAAGUUUAAAUCAUGAUAAAGACUCAUGCAAGUUUUCAUCCAUUUAUAACAUACUUUUUGAGCUAGGUGUAUCACAAGGUGAAAAUGUGCAUUUUUGACUAUUUCAGGGGCAGUUACUCUCAAAUUAGGAGAGGAGGCAUUUAAAAAAAAUAGGUGCACAAUUUCAUGUCAUGAUGAAGACUUAUGCAAGGUUUGAUCAAUUUAUAUGAAACACUUUUUGAGUUAGGCCAUCAUAAGGAGAAAAUGUGCAUUUCUGACUUUUUCAGGGGCAAUACCUCUGGAAAUAGGGGGCAGAUCCAGUUUAAAAAAAUGGAGGUGCGCAAGUUCAUAUCAGGAUUAAGACUCGUGCAAGGUUUAAUCAAUUAAUAUAAAAUACUUUUUGAGCUAGGCGCGUCACAAGGUGAAAAUGUGUAUUUUUGACUACUUCAGGGGCCAUAACUCCAGAAAUAGGGGGCUAAGCCAAAUGAAAAAUCGGAGGUGCGCAGGUUCAUAUCAUGAUUCAGACUCAUGCAAGGUUUCAUGAAUCUACAUCAAAUACUUUUUGAGGUAAGCUUGUCACAAAGUGAAAAUGUACAUUUUUGACUAUUUCAGGGGCCAUAACUCUGGAAAUAAGGGGUGGAGCCUGACAAAAUAAUAGGAGGUGCCCAAGUUCAUAUCAUGAUAAAGACUCAUGCAAGGUUUCGUCAGUUUAUGUCAAAUACUUUUUGAGCUAUGCACGUCACUAACUUCGGACACACGCACGGAUGGACACGCGGACAAGACCACAAAAAACAUUCUGGUCAAGUUUGCUUUGUGGGAUUUCCUUCAUAUCCAAAACCUGUGGGUGUAGUGGAUUCACCGAAUCCAUGACUUUUCAACCCAGGUAGUUAAUCAUACAUACUGUACCAAAGUGCUUCUUAAACUUCUAUAGAUCUGCUUUUUUACACUCUUGAUCUGUAAUGUUUGUAUUAAGCAAUCAGGAUGCUCUUUGGAAAAAGAAAAUCUGACACACUUUCUAUGACAGCAGACAAAGAAAAGAAGUUAUUUAAUUCAGAUUUUAACUUUUAAAGAAUUCAAAAUUUUAGAAGAUGAAAGUAGCAAAUUUAACAUAUGUGCUAGUCAACCCGAACUCUUAAGGCAUCUGAUGAAUUACCCAAAAGUAUUUCAAUAAAAGAUAUAACAACUU